GAACUAAAAAGUCUCUAACUUUCCUUUUCUCGACCUUAAAAAUCUCCUCUUCUCCAGUUCUGCUGCUUGUCCUCGUCCUCACUCUAAUAAAAAAAUUACUACUUAAAAUCAAAAGGAAAAAAAAUCACAUAAAUCCACCCGAUAAAUUUACCACCAUAAUCCUAACCUUUCCUCCCCGUUUGAUCCGCCGGCGACCAUGAAUCGCGGCCGCGGUCGAACCACCAAUGGCUAUUCAGGUCGCGGAGGACGAUCCUGGCGUCGCGGAGGUUAUUUUGAUCACGGUCGCAGCCCCGUCGGAGCUGAAAGGCAUUCUGGUGAAGAUUCUUGUUACUAUCAGGAUGAUGGAAUGUCCCAAAGCCGUGGUAGACAUUUGCAGAAGAUGUCUCCGGCCAGUGGGUCAAGUUAUUCUGAGCAUGACAGUACCGCUGCUUUUGGAUAUAAGCCAAAAAAGCCUUUUCCUGAUGGCACCGGACUAAAAUGGCAAAAUGAUCCUCCUCAAGCCAGUGACACUUCAGGUGCAGUCCUUAAGGAUGAUUUUCCCUCAUUGUCUUGUCAAUUGGAUUCUAAAGGCUCACAGCCUUAUGCGGGAAGAACACAGGUUGAACCAUUACCGGUUGAGGAGACAGAGAGUUGUGCAUCUAUACUGCAUCAUGAUUUCUCUCGCAGGGUGAACUUCUCCUGCCCGCAAGACGAGUCUGAACCAUCUGAAUCAUCCCAAAAAAUGAGUCCCCAAAAUAGUGCAGGUUUUGGUGAUUCUGUUCACACUGAGUGCCAGGUUGUGGUUGAUCCUUUUGAUAUUUGCCUGUCCAAAGCCGGAACACCUGUCAUGCUGAAACCAUCUUUGCUUGUAAAGAAUAGAGAAAAGAGGAAUGAAAUCAAACGAUCAAUGGAAGGCCAAAAUGGAAUUGUAUUGAGAUCUGGGAUGGUGCUUCUAAAGAAAUAUCUGUCUUUAAGUGAUCAGGUUAAAAUUGUAAAGGCUUGCCGAGAGCUUGGUUUUGGUUCUGGAGGUUUCUACCAACCAGGUUACCGUGAUGGGGCAAAACUGCAUUUGAAAAUGAUGUGCCUUGGUAAAAAUUGGGACCCAGAGACAGGAAAUUAUGAAGAUCUUCGACCAAUUGACUGUGCUGUUCCCCCACAUAUUCCUCGUGAAUUCUAUUUGUUGGUUGAAAAGGCAAUAAAAGAUUCACAUGCCCUUCUGCAACAAAAGGCUAUAGCAAGCCAUGUAGAAGACAUUCUCCCAUGGAUGUCACCAAAUAUAUGUAUUGUGAAUUUCUACUCAGCAAGUGGUCGACUUGGUCUCCAUCAGGAUCGAGAUGAAAGUCCAGAAAGUCUACAUAAAAGAUUACCUGUGGUAUCCUUUUCCAUAGGAGAUUCAGCUGAAUUUUUAUACGGUGACCAAAGGGAUGUGGACAAAGCAGAAAAGGUUGAACUUGAAUCUGGGGAUGUGCUGAUAUUUGGUGGGAACUCUAGACACAUCUUUCAUGGUGUGACUGCUAUUAAGCAAAAUACUGCACCUAGGGCUCUCGUGGAUGAAACAAAUCUCCGUCCAGGGCGUCUAAAUCUGACUUUCAGAGAGUAUUAGAAUCCUGUAUAGACAUUUGGAGCUGGUUUUAUAGAUAUGGCUUUUACCCCGGAUUUCAUUGUGAAGCUGGAUAAAUACUAUGGAUUGCACAUGCAGUAGUAUUACAUAGUUCAGUAAGAUACGGGCUUUUAUGAGAGUGAUUCUUUUAAUCUAAAGAGAAGAUAAGAUUAAGGUUAUAUACUAUGUGUCUUUUGUAUCAACUUGUGCUUAUCAGUGAAAGAGACACUCUUCAAAUAGACGAGAUAGAUUUGGAUUUCAUAUGAAGUGGCAUGACCAGCACCAGCCUAUAGAUUUUAGUACAAGAAAAGCGUGUAAGAUAGAGUUUUGAAUUUCAACAAUUGUACUUGAUGAGAUUUUUUGUUUCCUUAGAACUCUCAGCUUGUACUAGUCGCUGCUAGAUAGGGUAGAACCAAUCAGUGGAAGGAGUUGGAGAAGAUACUCUAAUGCCAGACAUUUCAAGGAGAAUUGCUUUGUUUUA